ACUACAGCGCUACCUAUGGUUUAACUGCACUCAGCGGGACACGCUGCGGACUGCCACGGAGCAAUAUACAGCACAUCCAUUUUGCGCACUGCUCGAACCUCGACCAAGAUAAUAAGUUUGGUUGCGAUGAAGUGGGUGUUAGUAACCGUCAGCGUUGCUGCUUUGGCAGCUUUUUUGGGGCAUAGACUGCUUAAACUGAGUGAAAGAGUCCUUGCCACAAGAGAAGUGCCUGUAAAGAACCUGCCCAAUUGUCACCUUUUGAAGAAUAUUGAAUGUGGAGCAGAGGAUUUCUCCAUACUCCGAGAUGGUCUGGCCAUCAUAAGUACCGGCUUGAAAUAUCCUGGAAUGCCAUCUUGUGCUGAACCAGGAAAAAUCUAUACCCUGGACCUGUUGGACCCCAGGCUGACCCCAGUGGAGCUGGCAAUCAAUGGAGAACUGGACCAGAACUCUUUCAACCCCCAUGGAAUCAGUGUCUAUACUGAUGAGACAGAUAACACCAUCCAUCUGUUCGUCGUCAAUCACCCUCAGCCUCAUACAAGCCAGGUAGAGAUAUUUCGAUUUGUUGAAGACGACAACACCAUUGUACACCGGCGAACGGUAAAGCAUGAUCUUCUUCACAGUGUGAAUGACAUUGUGGCUGUUGGCGAGGAAAGCUUCUACGCUACGAAUGACCACUCCUACCCCAGUGAAGUGCUGCACUGGCUGACUGUAUUCCUGGGUCUACCCUGGGCCCGGGUGGUGUACUACAGCCCUGAGGCAGUGAAGGAGGUGGGGGAUGGCUUCAUGUCUGCGAACGGAGUCAACAUGUCCCCCGACAAAAGGUAUUUAUACGUGUCUGACAUUUUGGACCAUAAGAUUGCUGUUUUUGAGAUAAAGAAAUACCAAGAGUUGGUGUAUGUUAAGUCUGUAGCCGUUGGGUCUCUUUGUGACAACAUCGAGGUGGACCAUGUAACAGGGGACUUGUGGCUGGGUUGUCACCCUAAUGGAGCAAAAGUAGCAGAAAAUGACCCAAAGGAACCAGCUGGAUCGGAGGUGCUUAGGAUCCAGGAUAUCCACUCGGAGAGUCCAGUGGUCACCCAGGUUUAUGCUGACGACGGCAGUGUGCUCAUAGGCUCGUCUGUAGCAGCGCCCUAUGGUGGAAAGCUUCUCAUAGGAACCAUCUACCAGAAAGCCCUGAUAUGUGAUCUGAAGUAGCCCAUUUUUCCUUACACGGUGUGCGUUUUAUACAUGAUGGGUUAGUGUGUGUGUUUGUGAUGCAGUAAUUGCACCCGAAACCCUGUUCUCAAAAUCUAAAUUGCCACUUGACUGUGAAUCUUGUAAUAUGAUUUGAAAUGUAUACAUUGUGUAUAUAUAUAUGUUGUCAUCACCUUUUUAAAUUCUGUUCACUGACAUUGGCAAAUGGUGAAUAACGUUUCUUCUGGCAUUCAUAUAAAAAGAUUACAAA